AAGUUGGAAAUUCUCAUAAAUUCAUCUUGUUAAAGAAUAACGUAUAAACAACGGGCGGUCCACGGUUUUGGCAUUCAUAAUCAGAAAUCAGAUUGUGAAUUACAAAUAAAAUUAUGAUGGUGGUGGUGAGAUAGUGCAUUUGCAACCUAUCACCAUCAUCGUCAUCAGCAUCCGUUGAUUGGGUGCACGGAUUUGGAAAGCAGCAUCAGGGCCAGUAUUACCGAAUUCAACAUUCGUGCGUGGAGAGCAGUAAUUGGCAAUCACUAAGCUAUAAUUGUGAAGUGCCCUAAGCCAGAAAUUGUUUUUUAGCCCCUUUCACAAAGAACAAGAGGAGAGCAGUAAUUGGCAAUCACUAAGCUAAUUCAACAUUCAUGCGUGGAGAGCAGUAAUUGGCAAUCACUAAGCUAUAAUUGUGAAGUGCCGUAGGCCAGGAAUUAUUUUUUAGCCCUUUUCAUUGGGCUUGGUAAGGAACACACUAAUACGUGCAUUUGAUGACCGAGUGAUUUCAUGGUGUGAAGCAAAAGAUGAUGGGUAUUAGACUGAACCAGAUUCUUUUGGUAUGCCUCUUUGCUGUAACAUUUAGUCAUAGUAUAACAGCGGAACUAGAUAGUCAGACUUUACAAAGAGUAAUAACUGCUCCGCGGAGGAAUGCAGAAGGUGGUGGUGUGAUAGAUGGAUCUGGUACGGAGCAUAUCAAUGAUGAAACGGGUGGGUGGCAGGACGGAAAUGGAAGAGUGUCGGUGUCAACUGUUGCAAUUUGCACACUGGCAAUGGCUGCAGCUACUGGUUUGGGAGCUCUCCCAUUCUUUUUUAUGGAACUUGAUCCCAAAUUGGCUGGAAUAUGCAACGGAAUGGCAGCAGGAGUAAUGCUCGCUGCAAGCUUUGACCUUAUACAGGAAGGACAGGGCCAUGGAAGUGGCAGUUGGGUUGUGUUGGGUAUUUUGUCUGGUGGUGUUUUCAUCUUGCUCUGCAAGAAGUUUCUUGAGCAAUAUGGUGAAAUGAGUAUGCUGGACAUAAAGGGAGCAGAUGCUACUAAAAUCAUUCUUGUUGUUGGAAUCAUGACUCUUCAUUCUUUUGGGGAGGGAUCUGGUGUUGGAGUUUCCUUUGCUGGCUCUAAGGGCUUAUCACAAGGGAUAUUGGUGACGUUGGCUAUUGCUGUGCAUAAUAUACCUGAGGGCCUGGCUGUUAGUAUGGUUCUUGCGUCAAGAGGAGUGUCUCCACAGAAUGCCAUGAUAUGGAGUGUGAUUACAUCACUACCACAGCCUCUUGUAGCGGUUCCUUCAUUCAUAUGUGCUGAUGCAUUCAACAAGUUCUUGCCAUUUGCUACUGGAUUUGCUGCCGGUUGUAUGAUUUGGAUGGUUAUGGCUGAGGUCUUGCCAGAUGGUUUCAAGGAGUCUUCCCCAUCUCAAGUUGCAUCAGCAGCUACACUAUCUGUGGCAUUUAUGGAGGCACUCGGUGCUCUGUUUGAGCAUUUGAGCCAAAACUAUAGUCAAGAAGAUGCUUCCGGUUUCUUUGUUUCUCUAUUAUUCGGUCUAGGUCCUUUGCUCGGUGGUGUAGCGCUCGUUGCAUUUGCUCUUGCUUUCAGGCUCAGACAUGCAUUUCUUACCGGCAUGGCCUCUGGCAUUGCCUUUAUCCUCGGUGCCUGGCGACCCUUCCAACUAUUUGCGUCUUCUAAGAUGGGGCUUCUUCCGCUCCUGUUCCUUCUUGGACUCGGAGCAGCAUUCGUCCAUGUACCUACAUCCAUCCUCGCAAAUUCUCGACUGCACAGGAAGACUUCAGCAAACACAUUAUCUUCUGUCACCGGUUUCACUGUAAGUGCGCUCACACUCCAGUCAGUCCUGGCUUGUGCAGCAGUCGCCCUUCACGCUUUCGCUGAGGGGCUCGCGUUAGGUGUAGCUGCACCCAAAGCUUACGGGCUCGGGAGGCACAUGGUCCUCCCCGUCUCCCUCCACGGGUUCCCUCGUGGCACAGCUGUGGCUAGUUGCAUCUAUGGAGCCACAGACAGUUGGCAUGCAUCCCUCUUAUCUGCUGCCCUAAUCGGGUUGGCAGGGCCGUUAUCUGCCAUUGGGGCGAUACUUGCCGGGAUUGACUACAGCGGGCUGGACCAUGUGCUGGUGUUUGCUUGCGGAGGACUGUUUCCAUGCUUCGGGAGCACAGUGAGAAGGGCGGUUAAGUUGGAUAAAUGGAAGAGCAUUUUCGGGGUCAUCGUUGGCAUUGUGUUUGCUAGCGUGUGUCUUACGUGCACGAAGCUCGUGUGUUUGCACACACCGUACUGCAACUCAGCUCCUGAAGCUGUUAAGUGAUGGACAUGUUUAUAUAACUAAAAAAGGAAAAAAGAAACAUUGUAGAAAUGAUUUCUGAGUAGUCUGUUCCGCAUUCAUUUGCUGUGGGUAUUUUGUAUAGUUAGUGUUAUUUACAUACAAUUUUUUUCAUAUUAUGGUUUUGUAUAUUUUUCCUAGACUUGGAAGUUAUAACUGGUAGAAAGUUGAAUUCUAA